CAACAAACAUGGCGGCGUGCUACUUGAGAGCGGUCAGCUCAGCACUGAGAGGUGUAUACCUCGCUCCCGGCCGGUGGCUCCUUACGCAGACCAGCCAAACACCGGCACUGUGUCAGUGUUUUCAGCCGAACGCUGCCCGGUGUCGGCCGCUACAUGUCUCCCCUGCUGCCUCCUUCUGCAGCUCCAGGACAAACAACAGGAGAGCCAGGGAGGAGGAGGAGGAGGAACCUGAAGGUCCGGAGUACAUCCCCAGGAGAAAGGCUAAGAACCCCAUGAUGAAGGUUGGCUAUGCCUGGAUGAUCGGCCUCCCCACAGGUAUCAUCACCUUCAUCCUGGCCAAAAGAGAAGUGGACAAAAACCGACUGAAGCAGCUGAAGGUUCGACAGAGGAUGAAAAGUUCGAACGAGGGAGAAUAUGAAGGCAGUCGCUACCACCGUCACACAGAGAGCACUAACGUGGACCAGUAAUGUUCAUGGUGGGCUGUGAUGAUUUGCACCGUAUCCUGAAUGUCACUACUGAGACGGCAAUUCCUGCACCACUGUCCAAGACUGAUUACAGGAGAUGUGCCAGCCUUAUGAGUUCAACUUUAAAACAUCCAAAGGCUCAGUGACACAUUCAGAACUGGGUAAGUCUUUCUUCACCUGGGAAGGGACAUGCCUGGGACAAAGCCUUUAAUCAGGACAGUUUUGUCUUCCUCAGGAACAUAGAGGUCUCAUACUGCUAAAUUUGACCACUGCGUAAAAUUGGCCUCAUAUUUAUUGGCCAUUGUGCUUUUGUUCUAUUAAAUAAAAAAAGAGAAAGAAAAUGAAAAUGUGUAUUUAUAAAUGAGUUAUUACAUAAACAUGAAUUGUAACUGGUACAUAAACGUCAAAACUCAAAUAAAAAUCUUUUAUUUGAUAUGAAAAGACAGACAGAUUCUCUUCAGCACUGAUGUCUAUUUACAAAUCCAUAUCAACUUACUAUCUAUGCCACACCAUCACGAUGUUUGCCAAAUUUGUUUUGAGUCAAGGCUUAUAUGUAACUUCGGCUUGGGUCUAUACUUGGUGGGUGGAGGACCAGCUGAGUGGGGCUGAUCGUGUUAAGAAGUGUUUAACACCGUGGCAUUGAUGGAAAAAACCCCACUCAGCUGGUCCUUCAGCUCACCAAGUAUAGACCCAAGCCAAAGUUACAUAUAAGUACUCUUAUCCAAAUCUAACUGUAACAUGAGGAUAUAUAAACAGGCACAUACAGAAUGUAACAAUACUAUAAAAGCUUAUUGAGUAUAACCCUGCACUUCCUAAAGUAACAACUGUAAUCUCACAAACAUCAUUGUGAAGGCACUAUAGUGAUAUAGUAUGUAAAUAAUUACAAAUAGAGCAACACAUGUAUUAAAGACCAUCAGCAAAGACUUGCUGAUAUAAACCUGUGACAGCAGAUCUGUCAUUACUGAGCUGUACUUCAGGGGUGGGCAUGUCAAUCCCCAAACUACUGAUACUACAAAUAGUAAGUGUUUUGCAUGUCCAUAGUCCAUACUAGUAUCAUUAGCAUCAGGACCAAAUGUAACAUCACAUUUUGGGUACAUCAGCCCUCUUCUCAGAGCAGCACUGUGAGCACUUCAACAUUUAUUUACAAUUUAACCCUAUUUUACCUUUUGACGUGCACAGAAAUAAAGCAAUCGUUCAAUAUUUUUGAGAAAUGUGAUGAUUCCUUUUCUUGCUGAGAGCUAGAUGAUUGAUCUCACUCAUGACUAUGGUGAAUGAAACGACGGUGAGCUAGCAGUCUCAGCUAAGCUCAGCAUAGUGAUUGGAACCUUAUCUUUUAUUUGUUUAAUCUGUACAAAAACUAAAGUGUAAAAAUGACACGUCCAGUGGAGGCUUAAGGAGUUUACAGCUAAUGAUCAAGAACAUGUCCAGCACAUAAUCCCCAGUGUUUUUACACUUUGUUCUUUUAUGGAUUAAACAAAUGAGAUAUAAUGUGUAGUGUAGAGAGGUUCAGAGGUGCUGGUGGGCAGAUUUUGUAUAUGCUGUUUGUGUAAAACUUGUGUUUUUCAGGAGAUUAUGUCCUGGACUUGAGUUUUUGUACAGAGAAAACAAAUUAUACAUUAUGUUAAUUAAUGAGCUUUAUAGGUGCAGGUAGGUGGAUUUUCUUAUCUUUGAACAGAGCUAGGCUAGCUGUUUCCCUCUAUUUACAGUAUUUAUGCUAAGCUAAGCUAAAGGACUGUGGCUGUAGUUGUUUUAUGGACAACAGAAUAGUAUCAAUCUUACCAUGCAACUCUCAGCAAGAAAGAAAAGGAAUCUUCCCAAAAUGUCAAACUAUCCCUUUAAGUACAGAAAAUAGUAAAAAGAAAUGCUAAAUAUUUGGCAAAUUACAUUUCUGUCCCUACAUGUUUAGCUGCUUUGUAUGAUAAAAAUAACUACAAUCAAAUCAGUAUGAGUAUGAAUAUUAUGAUCCUGGCCCUGGUACUUCCUGGUAUCGGAUCAAAACUAAGUUUUUGUAUGAUGCCCACCCCUGCUGUACUGUACAAGGCAACAAGAGAUACAGCUUGUGUGUUGGCAAAUCUGACUUUGAAGAUUGGAACAAACAUAUUUUCUCAACAUUUAUGCAGAUGUGAAAACAGUUUGUGUGUAGCAGUACAUCUGCAUGCAGAGAAAAAUGUUCAGAUGCUGUCUGUCCCUUAACUGAAGUCCAGCAGGAGUGAAUAAAUGUCGCAGCUGGCGUUUCCAUGUGCACAUAUAUUUACAUUGUAGUUUUAAUAUUCUUUGCUAACUACUGGUAGGGUGCUUAAUGCAGAUACAAAUACAGAUUUCAGAAAAAGUGCUUUUUUUGUGCACAGCACUAACCUACACUUGCAAUAAAAUCUCUGAUUCAGCCCUUCAUUAUGUUCCCUGAACUGCACCAUGAUUUUAUAAAUGUAUUCUGAUUCUGACUGAAGACAAGCAAAGGUUUUAAAAAGACUGGAAUGGUUUUUGCAGCUCAGUGCUUGUCUGCACCCUGCUGCCCUAAGCUGUGCCCUUGUUGUAACCUUAUUUGGUUGAAGCUCCAAUAAUUUGCAGGAGGAAAAGGAAGAUCUGGAUGAUGUCAACGUAGAUGGAGAGCGCGGCGAACACGUACUCCUCAGGACUGAUGGAGUGUUUUCUGUUCCCUAUCAGCAGCUGGGUGUGGUACGCUAGGAACUACACACAGAGAGAAAAAAAUGGUUUAUAGGAGGGUAAAAUAUCAAGUUUAAAAUGAAGGUGUGACUUAAAACUUAUUGAAACACUCAGCAUGCAGGUAAAAUACUCACCAUAGUGAAGACUAUGGCUCCCAAAGCUGCAUAAAGCAUGUGAAGCCACAGAAUCUGCAACAGCAAACAGUCAUUACAAUGAAGAAGACUUGGAGAUGACUUAUAAGGAACAGUGCUUUGUUGUUCACAUCAGCUUUUACUCACAUAUUUGAAGGACAGCACAAUGGUUGUAAUGAUGCCAGUAACAAAUAUUACAAUCCCCAGGACACAGAACAGGCCCUGGCACUUGGUGAAGUCGACCUUUUAGAAAUAGAAACAACCAACAGUGUCCAAUCAAUUUUGAAGACCUGUUAAAACUGUGUUUAAGACAGUUUUAGGCCUAAAAUUCAGGUAACUGCAUUUUAGACUUUUUAAGGGGCAUACCUUUGUUUGGAAGCAGAAGACCGUCACGGCGAUGCAGACGACGGCAGUGAUAACCAGAGCGAGAAACACCGCUUUUGUGUCAUAGUAACUAAACAGAAAAAGCAACAUGCCAUUAAAACAGGGGGAGACUGUCUAGAAGCUGUUAUACUAAGUGGGCUGCAAAUUAAGUACAUUUUUUUACCUGGAUAUGGAUCCAGUCAUGUAGGACAAGGCCAGAGUCUGUAAAAAAAAAAAAAAAAAAAUUUAACAUCUAGAAAUUAGUCAGCAGAGUGAGUGAGUCCGCCUCAAAGCUGAAUAACAACAGUCCACCUCCACAGA